CCGGCCCGUUACUAUAAAACCUUUAAGGGCACUUACUAUUCACAUCUCCUCUCCACUAACAUCGACUGCAUACAAUGGCUUCACCUCCACCUUACGGACAACAGCUGCCUCCUAACCCUGAUACCAGGCAACUCCCUCCCGGAUGGAUAGAGCAGUAUAACUCGGAUUACAGACAAUGGUUCUAUGUCAAUACCCGCGAGAACCCUCCACGCUCAUCUUGGGAACAUCCCCUGGGCCCAAUGCAACAGCAGUUCGCACCUCCCCCUGGUCCUCCUCCCCCGAACCGCGAUUACAAUCGAUCGCCGUACGGGCCUCCGGGAGGUGGCUACGGCGGCGGCUACGGCGGCGGCCCGGGAUCCCAAGGUGGAUAUAACCAAGGCCCUCCUCCUGGCGGCUAUGGUGGUGGUUACGGUGGCCCUCCUCCUCCUGGUGGUGGGUAUGGCGGCCCUCCCGGUGGAGGAUAUGGCGGUGGUUAUCAAGAGAAUAGGGGCUAUGGCAGCCCGAGCUAUGGCGGCCCAAGUCCUCAGCCGCCGCAGACUGUGAUCGUUGAAGAGCAACGAAAGAAGAAAUCUGGUAUGGGCCUUGGAACUGGUCUGCUCGCUGGUGGUGCUGGUCUGGUUGGAGGUGCCUUACUCAUGGAUGCCUUUGAGGAUCACAACGAAGAUGAGAGAGAAGAAGGCUACGAUCAAGGUUUCGAUGCCGGAGAAGACUAUGGCGAUAAUAAUGACUUUGGCGGUGGAGACUGGUAAAUGCCCAUUAUUCUGCGAAGCGAUUGCACGUUUUCCUUGCUUUCGACUUAAAGUUCAGCGUGGCUUGUACUCUAUGAGAUUUAUUACAACGGUAUAUAACCUUUUGGAUAUCAAAUGUUGAUCUUAUUUCCC